CUGCUUGUGUGUUUUUGCCUUGUUUUGUGGGACGCCAGAAGCUAAAGAUGAAGUUCGUUAGGUUUAUUAUGAAAAACGCUGCUUUGGUGAGUGUGCCGAAACAUAUCGAGCAUUUUUCAAAAUUUUCUCCUUCACCGCUCUCCAUGAAGCAGUUUCUCGAUUUUGGUUCUAUCAAUGCCUGUGAGAAGACCUCCUUUGUCUUUUUGAGACAGGAGCUCCCUGUGAGACUUUCCAACAUUAUGAAAGAAAUUAACCUCUUGCCUGAUAAACUGCUGACAACUCCAUCUGUGCAAACUGUGCAGAGCUGGUAUGUCCAGAGUUUAAUGGAGAUCCUUGAAUUCCUAGACAAGAAUCCUGAUGACCAUAAAGUCCUAGGAGAGUUUGUUGACGCCUUGGUUACCAUCAGAAAUAGGCAUAACGAUGUUGUACCGACCAUGGCUCAGGGUAUCAUAGAGUACAAAGAGGCAUUUUCCCAGGAUUCAGUUACCAACCAGAACAUCCAGUAUUUUUUGAACCGCUUCUACAUGAGCCGAAUCUCAAUCCGUAUGCUCAUCAACCAGCACACAAUUGUUUUUGAUGGCACGACCAACCCUGUGCACCCCAACACUAUUGGGAGUAUUGACCCUCACUGUAAAGUUGCAGCUGUAGUCCAGGAUGCCUUCCAAAGUGCCAAAAUGUUGUGUGAUCAAUACUAUCUCCGCUCACCUGAUUUUAAUCUGCAAGAAAAGAACAGCAAGAAGACAAACCAGUCAAUCAGCAUCGUGUACGUGCCCUCUCACCUUUAUCAUAUGCUGUUUGAGCUCUUUAAGAAUGCCAUGAGAGCCACAAUUGAGACUCACGACAGCAGCAGCACCCUCCCACCCAUUCAAGUCCUGGUUUCUCUUGGGGGAGAGGACAUGUCAAUCAAGGUGAGUGACAGAGGUGGUGGCUUCCCUUUGCGCAAGAUGGAGAAACUUUUCAGCUACAUGUACUCCACUGCUCCUGCUCCACAGAUAGGAGAUAACACACGGCCCCCGCUGGCUGGUUUCGGAUAUGGUCUGCCCAUCUCGCGUCUCUACGCCAACUACUUCCAGGGGGACCUGCAGCUCUACUCUAUGCAGGGUAUCGGCACAGACGCCGUCAUCUACUUGAAGGCGCUAUCAACGGACUCCAUUGAGAGGCUGCCAGUGUACAACAAAACAGCUCUGAAGAACUACAAAUUGAGCCAAGAAGCUGAUGAUUGGUGUCUGCCCAGUAAAGAGCCCUUGGACCUGAGCAAUUUUAAGGUGGCCAAGUAAAGAUAUCUGCCAGACUUGGGUUUUCCUCAUAUACGUUUUGAAGCCUUUGUGGUCAAAUCCCCUGUCUUCAUAUUGCCAUGUAUGCAUCUGCCAAGGCAGAUGGGCACCAAACCUCUGCUUUUUUUUUGUUUGUCUGUCUGUUUUUGUUUGUGUGUUUUUUUUGAGAGAGGUUAAUCUCCAGACAAGAUCAAACAAAGUGUCCUUUUAUAUUCCAGUCUGGUUUUAGCAGUAGCUUUUACAUGUUGUUUUCCAUCCCUCUUAUCAUUUUGGGUUCUUCACAAGAAGUAUUAAUAGGAAAGAGUGAAUACAAAAGAAAACUGUGAAGUGUUACAAGAGGUUUGAGGCUUUGACGAGGCAGCUGUUGCUGAAAUGCUGUUACAGGGUAUGUGGUCACAUGGAGCCUAGGCAGCAGCAGUCAGGUGGUGUCCAGCAUGUUAUAAGAA